AUGUCGCAGAAUGGGAAAUACGCUCUCGUCUUUGGGGCAUCGGGGAUUUCAGGAUGGUCCCUCUUGAACCAGUGUCUUAGCUACCCCACAUCCUCUUCUUUUCGACGCGUCGUUGGUCUUUGUAAUCGACCUCUCAAAACGGAAGACGCAUAUCUUCCUGUGGAUUCUCGACUGGACAUUGUUUCGGGAAUCGAUCUCACGCAAUCAGUGUCCUCGGUCACUGAUCAACUGAAGGCCAGGGUUCAUAAUGUAGAAUCAGUUGAGGUUGUCUUUUAUUGCGCCUACAUUGAGGCUGGUGAUUUCCAAGCCAGGCGAAAGGUCAACGCCGCACUCCUCCGCACUGCUAUUGAAGCAAUUAGUGGCAUUGCUGCCAACUUAGAAGCGGUCAUCCUGCAAACAGGUGGUAAAGGUUACGGGUUGGAAUUCUCGAAUGAGCUCGAGAUCCCGCACCCACUUCGCGAGUCAAUGCCCCGGAUCCCGGAGCCCUGGAGGAGCAGUGUCUUCUACUAUGAUCAAUAUGACAUACUUUCCGAGCUAUCAAAGAGUCAGAACUGGUCAUUCUCAGAGAUUCGACCGGACGGAAUCGUUGGCUUUGUUCCCGGUACAAAUGUAAUGAACAUAGCCCAAGGUAUCGCGUUGUACCUGACCCUGUACCGCGAAGUCUACGGUCAAGGAGCCGAGGUCCCCUUCCCUGGGAGCCUUCACGGCUACCGAUCUACGCAUAGCGAUACUUUCCAGGACAUUCUCUCUAAGAUGGAAAUUUACACUGCGCUGAAUCGCGAUAAGUGUCCAAACGGGUCAGCGUUCAAUAUUGCAGACGGUGACGUUGUCAGCUGGGAACAAGUCUGGCCGGGUCUCUGUUCGUAUUUCGGGUUGGUGGGAGUUCAGCCUCAGGAACAUCAGAAGAAAAUCGAAGAAUUCGUCCGUGAGAAUCAGGGCGCCUGGGAUGGUUUGGUUGAAACACAUGGAUUACGGGGGGGUUUGCUGGAGGCGCAGAACUGGCCAUUCAUUCAGUUCAUGCUUGUUGACUUCGACUUUGAUCGCGAGUACUCACUUGACGCGGCCCGCGCGAUUGGAUUCACCGAACGUAUUGACACCGUUGAGGGUUAUCAAGUGGCAUUUGAUCGGAUGGCAGCUGCCAGAAUCAUUCCUGCUUUCCAUUGA